GGACAAGUCGGAGGGGAGGGAGACGCGGAGGCGAUCAAGAUGGCGGUGGCGGCUGCACAGGGCGGGAGAAGCGGUGGUGGCGGAGGCAGCGGUGGGGCUGGCGGUGGCCCCAGCGGCGGGACGGGCAGUAGCCGUAGCGGCUUGUUGGAUAAGUGGAAGAUUGAUGAUAAGCCUGUAAAAAUUGACAAGUGGGAUGGAUCAGCUGUGAAGAAUUCUUUGGAUGAUUCUGCCAAAAAGGUACUUCUGGAAAAGUACAAGUAUGUGGAGAAUUUUGGACUAAUUGAUGGUCGCCUCACCAUCUGUACAAUCUCCUGUUUCUUUGCCAUAGUGGCUUUGAUUUGGGAUUAUAUGCACCCCUUUCCAGAGUCCAAGCCUGUUUUGGCUUUGUGUGUCAUAUCCUAUUUUGUGAUGAUGGGGAUUCUGACCAUUUAUACCUCAUAUAAGGAGAAGAGCAUCUUUCUCGUGGCCCACAGGAAAGAUCCUACAGGGAUGGAUCCUGAUGAUAUCUGGCAGCUGUCCUCCAGUCUUAAAAGAUUCGAUGACAAAUACACCCUGAAGCUGACCUUCAUCAGUGGGAGAACAAAGCAGCAGCGGGAAGCUGAGUUCACCAAGUCCAUUGCUAAGUUUUUUGACCACAGUGGGACACUGGUCAUGGAUGCGUAUGAGCCUGAAAUAUCCAGGCUCCACGACAGUCUCACCACAGAAAGAAAAAUGAAAUAGCCAGUUAAAAAAGCAAUCCUCUUUCUGCCAGGUCAUGCCGAAUUACCAGGUGGGUGGGGGGAAGAAACAGAGAACUUAAAAUGGGUAAAGUAAGAAAUGUUAAAAAUGUCCCUGUUUUGUCCUGAAAUUUUAGUCUAUUUUGAAUGAAUAGGAUUUUCUAGCACAGAUAUGAGAAGUUGUAGCUCUGAUGUCUAGCUGUAGCCUCCUUGGUCUGCUGAUGGUGUUGUUUUGAUUUGCUUUUCUGGAAAAGCAUUUUUGCUAAAAGCUGUACAGACCUUUUCCUUUGAACCUAGCAGAACUUUAUAUAAUAUAGCUUUGUGCCAUGCAGCAUUUGAAGAUUCAGUUUAAAAAAAUUGUCAACCUGUUGCUGACUCUGUGUUAAUUCCUAUUUCAACAGCUAUUUCCCUUAAAGAAUUCAGGAUACAACUUCUUGUGUUUUGACAGCUUUCCUUCACGCACCAUUUUUGUGGGUGUGUAUAAAUCUGACUUGGGGACAAUUUAACAAAAAAACAUAGCUUUUUAAUUUAAAACAGACCUUCUGCCUGUUACAUUUUGUGCUCUUAACCAAUUAAAGAAGCCAAUGGCAUUUUUAGUUUUAUAUUGUCUGUUUCCCACCAGUAUAUCCCUAUUGAUUUGUUUGUGGCCUUUAUUAACUGCCAUUUUCUAAGAUUUUUUUCAAUAAAAGGAAAGAAGAUGUGAAAA